AUGACUCAGCCGGAGGACACCGAGAACUCUGCUGGCUACGGAAGGCCCUGUAAAGCAGUCUCCUUCUGCCUACUACACCCAGACUGCAAAGGGCGUAUACUGCCCAGUGCCAGUGGCAAGUCCGUGCUUAUCGAUAACGCCGCUCUCGGAGGGGAAGCUAUUUUCGAUUCCGUUAUCAAGGGGGACAAGUCUCAGGAUGAGCUAUUCGAGAUCAUCUGCAAGCCGUUCCUGAGGGACCUCCUCACCGAGAAGCGUGGCAGUAACAAUAAGGGCUUCCUCGUUCUGGCCGCUGGUCCCUCGGGUGCUGGCAAGACCUUCUGCGUUACUGGUGGCGCGACCAAGUUCUCCGACCGGGGCUUGAUCCCACGGACCUUGACACAUUUAUUCGAUCACAAGCCGAACUCGAUGAAAGUUGAGAUAUCAUUUUACGAGAUAUAUAAGGAGGAGGUUGUGGACCUCCUGUCGCCCAGGGCCAAGAUUUCCCAUAGCGAGGACCUCACUAGAAUGCUGGUGGACAAUGAGUCGGGCGCAUACCAGGCCCUCUUCACCGGCGACAGCAAUCGGCACUUUGAGAAAAUGCCGCAGAAUGCAGAGGCCAGCCGUGGGCAUGGCAUAUUCGAGAUCCUUAUCAACGGUCAGGAUAAGAUAACGUUUGUGGACCUGGCCGUUUACGUGCCCAACUGUCGCACCUCUACAAGUCGGUUGAACAAGAAGUCUCAAGACGCGUUGAAGAACGUCAUACAGUCACUGGCCCAAGAGGGCAAGCGGAGGAGCGGCCAUGCGAGGGAGUCGCAGUCCCCAGCGUUCCGACAGAGCAUGCUGACCUUAGUCUUGAAGCCGUACUUGCAGUCCGUCCAGUAUGGGGUCAUAGGCAGCGUGUUGAUCACGUGUCUGGGUCCAGGUGGGUCCGCGGCCUCUAGGGCAUGGAGUGAAGGGGCUAGGGCGGACAACCAGCAGUGGACGCGGUUCGCCGAGUCGUGGUGGAAAGCAUUUCAGAGACGGAAGCCUGUGUCGGCCUCUAAGACGGUGAGUCGGAGGUCACCCUUGCGGGCCCAAGAGAAGGAGGGCCAUGACUCUAUGGACGUCUCAACCGAUGACAUCGACUGGAGUGAAGAGCCCACCCUACCGGCGGUUCCCCCAAUACAGCUGGCGGCGGCGGCUCGGCACAUCGGCACUAUGAUAGCCGGCACCGUGUCCUCGACCGCCGCGCCGUGGAACAGCACGAGCAACAAGCCGCCUGCUCAUCCCAUGCCAACACGCCAGGAGAGCCACCUGGAAGAGGCAAGAGCCGCUAGCGAUCAAGUCGGUGUCAAGCUCAGCUUCACCGUUCUCGAGGGUGGAGAGCUCGGCUAA